UCAGAGCACUUAUCAGUAGGUGCUUUCCAACAAGAGACACAAGUCAUCUUAUCAAUACAAAAACGGAGAAUGAUCCUUUGGUAUUAACAUGUGAGGAGCAAUAUAGUGAUAUAAAUAAUGUACCCAUUGUAGUAGAAGGAUAUCCCCAAUCAACGGAAAUCUUGCAAAGUACUAACAUAAAAGGUAAAAUAGAAGAUGCCAUGAAACGACGUGCAAAAAGUCCUCUUGAAAGUAAUGAUGAUCUCAUCGCACCGUUUUUACCAAUGAAAACAGUAGAAGGCAUAAAAGAAUUUGACAUAGUACUGAAAACGUCAGAUGAAGCAGUGACACAAUUUAAACAGUUUCUAUCGAAAAGUGGUGGUAAUAAUGGCAAGGAUAACAUACAUAGAUGUUUAAAAAAAAUACUAACAAAUGAGUGCGCCAUGAAAUGUUCGUGGAAGGGAUUGCGGAAUAAUUUUAUAAUAUCCAAUUUAUAUUUCAUAAGAAUUAUGAAAGGAGAGAUAAUAUUACGCUAUAGUAUUUUUACAGAAUGUGAAUUUGAU